AUGAGGUCAUACAUCACUGUAUUGACUGAGAGAGAGGGUGGUGUUGCAACAGUGAUGAGAGGGGUGAAGAACAGACUGAACACAGAUGAACUGAUCAGCAGAAGAGAUGACACCUCACUGCAAGGCACAGUGACUACCACCGCGGCUGCAAAAGAAGCAGGAGAAGAAGAAGAUGUGACAAUGAGAGCAGUGCUCCCGCGGCUCAUUGACACUGCCAUCUCCAACCUGGCUUUCUUGAUAGUCAUGAAGGCCACUGCCACACCAUGA